CUCUUGCCUCUUCGAUCAGUUCAGUUCACGACCCACGGCCCUCCUCCCCCUCUCUCUGUGACCAUCUCCGGCGGCGGCGGCCUUCUCCAGCGGCGAAGGUGACCAUCUCCGGCGGCCAUCUCCAGGUCUCUGCCCAGUAUAUUCUUGAGACAUGGUUUCCUCAACAGUAUUUCUCCAUGAGUAUGACAAUUUCUUAUUUUCAAGAAAAAGGCGUAAAGUGACUGAAAUUCAGCAUCAAGAUCCAGAUAUGUUAAGCUGUGAGUGUAAAUAUGAUUGUUUUCCCCUGUCUUCACAGCUUAGCAGAGAUGGCCACUCGUUCUGCAGGUGCAUUGAUAUUGCUUGCAUAUCUUCGUGUUGCAUUGGUAUUGAUGAAAAAGAGGGUUCAUAUUCAUCAGUUGAUAUGAGCUGCCAGUUAAAUGGCACUAGCCCAGAUCUUCCAGAAUGUUGCAGUUCAGAGGGCUCCUCAUUUCAGGAUAAGGGUUUCUCUGGGUAUUCGUUGCCUAAUUGUGCAAGUGGUUGGAUGUAUUAUAAUGCGCAAGAUCAAUUGUGUGGCCCUUAUUAUCAGGAACAGCUUUAUGAAGGUUUAUCUACCGGUUUCUUGCCUGAUGAGCUUUUUGUAUAUCCUGUUAUAAAUGGCACAAAGUUGAGUCCUGUGCCACUCAAGUACUUUAAGCAGUUUCCCGAACAUGUUGCAACUGGUUUUGCAUAUUUCAGUGUGGACAUCUCCAACAUGGGUAUUAAUGCGGCUCAUUCUAAUCUUUCUACAAAUGAUUUGGCUGUGCAUAGGCAAGAGGGUUUGGUGGAGUAUGCUGAUCCACAGACUCUUUGUCAUGAGUUGCAAUCUGGCUCUCCAAGUCUCAAAUAUGGAAAUGGUGAUUGUAAACAGGCUUCACAUUCUAGAGCAUCUUACAUUACUACAAAUCUUCCACCGUCAGUUGAAGGAACAUGUUGGUUAUAUGAGGAUCAAACAGGGAGGAAACAUGGACCGCAUUCUCUUGUAGAAUUAUAUUCGUGGCAUCAGCAUGGAUACUUGAAGGACUCAGUUAUGAUAUACCAUGUUGAAAGCAAAUUUGGACCCUUCACAUUAUUUUCUGCGGUGAAUGCAAGGAAAGUUGAGAUGCCUCCACCUCUCUUCUCAUCUGAUCCGAAAACCAAUGAGAGUAUCUCUUUACUGAAAUUUAUAUCUGAAACUUCUGAAGGAGUUUCAUCCCUGCUGCACUCUGGAAUAAUGAAAGCAGCUCGCAAAGUGGUACUUGAUGAGAUUGUUGGUAACAUCAUUGCAGGUUUUAUUACCAUGAAGAAAUCUGAAAAACAGUUAAAGGUCGAACAAACCAACCAGACUAUGAAGGGUUGCUCUUUAGACUGCAGAAUGUCAGAAGUUACUAGAGGUGGCAAUAGUCCUGCUGAUUCUAUGCCAGAAGCGCUAGGCUCCGUCAAUGUUCCUGAGAGAGUUUCUACUGAUUCUAUUCCCGUUCAGUCUCUUAAAUUGGUUGGCAGUGUUGAAAAUUUUCGGGAGGUGCAUGCGGUUAUUUGUCAAAUGCUUUCUGACUACUCCUUACAAGUAGCUUGGAACGCUGUUUUUUAUGAUAUCGUGGCGGAGUAUUCAUCUGUGUGGCGGAGGAAAAGACUUUGGUCUAUUCAUAGUCACUAUAAUUUAGCUUCUAGUGAACGUAGUGAUCAUGUCAGGAAGAUUGAAAAAGUAUCUACUGAAGUUGCUUUAUACCGUAAAAAUUCUUCUCUUCAUGAUAUCAAAUUUGGCUUUGAAUUUAGGGGAGCACAAACAGAUAACUGUGUGCGCUCACCUGUUAUACAUCUGUCAGUUCCUGUUGGACAUAAGUCUUCGAGGCCAACAACCCAUUCUAGUUGUGAUAAGCCAAAGGAAGAUUUAAAAUGCAUUCUGGAAUACUUGGAAAAGAAGCUUCAUUCCUCUGCAAAGGUUUCUUUAAUUGAAUACGUUCGAGAUAUCCUUGAGGAAGAAGUGAGGAGUUUGUGUAACUCAUCAUCAGAUGUCAAAUUAAAUAAGGUUGCAGUUGAUAUAUCUGAUAAUUCUGACUCCUAUAUUGAACUGCACUGUGAUUCAAAUGAUACUGAUACUGAUACAUGUGGAGAUAGAGAUUCACGUAGGUUUUAUCUGGCUCCACUCCCAGAGGAAAAUCCAUCUAAGGAUACACCUCUGAAUUCUGCUGGUAAUUCAUUAUCUAGAGUGUUCAAAGAUAUCUGUACUACUGAAGAUUGUGGUUUUGAUGAUGAAACCAAUGAGUUGCCAGCACCUGGACUUGAGGAAAAUCCUACCUUUCUCAUACCAUCUCCUGGUUGUAAAUUUCGUCCUUCAAUUUUGAAGAAGUGUUCUCCUAAGAUCGAAGGAUACAUUAUGCUUGCAAUAUGCAGGCAGAAAUUACAUGACGUUGUUCUUAAGGAAUGGACAUCAUCAUACAAAGAUGAGAUUUUUUGUCAGUUUCUUACAUCAUGGAUAGCGUCAAAGAAACAUAGUAAUCCUGGAUUUGUGGAAGGAGCAUAUUUUGGUGGCGAAGCCUCUAAAAUACCAGAAAAAUUAAGGGAUGGAUCAAAACACUGUCGUAGUUCUGGCUUCUUGGAGUCUUCCCUUGUAACCGGUAAUUAUACAUAUUACCGCAAGAAGUCAUCAAAGAAAAAGUUAGGAUCUUCAGAUUGUACUACUGUGGCUAGCCCUGUUGUUCGAAAUCAACCUUUUGAAAAGUUGAGGAAAGAAAAUGUCUCUGUAGAUGUGCGUGAGACUACUGACACUGAGGUUGUUUCUUUGACACUUAAAAGUAUUGCAAAAAACAAAAGGCAAAAGCACUUGUCUGUUAAUGCCCCUUGCAAGCGAGCUCUUGCAGAAAUUACGUUACCCAGUAGCCAUUCCUCUGGGAAAACAAUAUGUGGCUCAAAAAAGUUAAAAGUAUCACCUAUAGUUAAAGGUGAUGAUGCCAAGAAGAAUUCUGCAAAACAUGAGAAAGGAAGAAUAAUAGGUAAACCUUUGGAGCACAAAAAUGUUGAUAAGGUUAUGCGGAAUAAAUGCGAUCGUGGAGUGAGUGCCCAGUCAAAGCCUUCCGUCAAUGUACCGAAGAUAAAAAGGAAGCAGAAGAUCGAUGAGUUUUCGGUAUCUCGUAAUAAGGCCUUGAGAAUAGCUAGCGAUGUUACCAAACAAGCAGCAAGUAAGAAGGUUGAAGCUUUAAAGUCUGAUAAAUCUAGGAAGUUAAAUCUCUCUAUUAGAUCUGAUGGCUGCGCUCGUUCGUCAAUCAAUGGCUGGGAAUGGCGUAGAUGGUCACUAAAAGCAAACCCUGCUGAGAGAGCUCGUAAUAGGGGUAUUCAAUAUUUCAAUUCUGAGCAACUAGGCCCUGAGGUCAGUACGUCUCAUUGGGUAAAUGGCAAAGGCCUUUCGGCACGGACAAAUAGGGUGAAAUUGCGCAAUCUUCUUGCUGCUGCAGAUGGUGCCGACCUUUUAAAAGCAUCUCAAUUAAAGGCGAGGAAAAAACGUCUACGCUUUCAACGUAGUAAGAUUCAUGACUGGGGUCUAGUUGCCCUUGAGCCAAUUGAAGCGGAAGAUUUUGUAAUUGAAUAUGUUGGGGAGCUAAUCCGUCCCCAGAUAUCUGAUAUAAGAGAACGCCAGUAUGAGAAGAUGGGAAUCGGCAGCAGUUAUCUUUUUAGACUUGACGAUGGUUAUGUGGUUGAUGCUACAAAGCGUGGGGGUGUUGCUCGAUUUAUAAACCAUUCUUGUGAGCCAAAUUGCUACACCAAAGUUAUAACUGUUGAGGGUCAGAAGAAAAUUUUCAUCUAUGCAAAACGACACAUAUCUGCUGGAGAAGAAAUUACGUACAAUUACAAAUUUCCUUUGGAGGAGAAGAAAAUUCCUUGUAAUUGCCGUUCAAGGAGGUGUCGUGGAUCAUUGAACUAGGAAGUUUUAUUGCACUUUCCAGUGGACAUGAAGUCUUCUCAAAAUUAUGUAGAUGAAGAACUAUGAUUAGAUUUGGUCCUUUCUGAGGUCUAAAUUAUAUCCCUUUGCCAUGUAAUGAUGGAUGAAGGGUUGCAUGUUGCAGCGGAAUGCUGUUCAGGGCACAGUGUUAUGCCCCAAAUCGCCCAACUAAAGUUGGUUGAGGUUAUUGAUUACGAUUUUUCUAGAGGCCGGAUGAUUAUUGCACGGCAGACAGUUUUCCUUCCCAGUGAUGAAUUUCUGACCUUGUUCAUUCUUAUAGAUAUCUCUAUAUUGCAGAUGAGUCUCUCCUCUUAGACACUGUAAAGUAAAUUUUUGUUUUGCUUACACGAUCCUUGGACAUUGAUUUUUUGUACUGACAUAUUUAAUUUGUUAUUCAAUAAAGGAUAGAAUGAGUAUGCUGAUGAACCUUGUGAAUGAUACCAUCGCAAAAGUCAGAAGAGUGAUAUUUAACUAAACAAUAAUUGCAAAAAUUCAUCCACCCCUUUCUCCAGAGAAAAAAGAAAAAGAAAAAGGGAGAAUCAAUUCCGAGAAUUUGAUUUUACGGUGGUCCACUCGAUCCUUGAUUGCAAUAUUAUUUGAAUAUUUAGAACAUGCAUAUUGUGAGCAGGCAUUUUCUUUUCUUUUGCGUCUCCAUCGGGACUAGUUUCAAGCUCCUUGGUGGAGUUUCCUCAUAAAUUUGUUUCAUGUAAAGCACAUAAAUACUUGUCAAACUGAUGACAAAACAAUUCUUUAAAAGUAUAAACACUAGCACUUGUAAUUGGAGACAACGGUGAUCUUUUUGCAAAGCUUUCAGAUACUUGUGGCCGCUAGGACUAAGAUUUGCUUCCAAACAAUGAUUCUAUUCUUUGAGUAGUACUCUCUUACGACUUAAAGUCAGUUGACAGAAUUUUCCAAGAAAAGUUUAUGAUCUUAUUUACCAUGUCCGGUAUUAAUUUGAGAACAUUAAUUGCAGCAGCUACUUUUAGUGGAUUCGUUUUUUUAAGUUUUCUUACCAUCGCAGGAGUUGAUACGUGAAGUGGAACUCUUUCGCUGCUUGAAGGGCGUUUGCUUUUUUGCCUCUCUGGUAUGCUUCUCUUCUUUUCAAACCCCAACCCCAUGCUUUUCUUUGGUCACUGUUGGGGUUUUUUCUCUAACACUUCAUUUUUUUUAGUCCAACAAAAUAUAUGGGGUGGGGAGUAGGGGAUUUGGACCUUCGACCUUUUUGGUCGACAAUAUAUGCCUUAAUGUUCAAGUUGGUCUUUGUUUAACACUUCGUUUGUGGGGCUUUGUAUCGAUAAUCCACCCAAACCCUUAAUUAAUUGCAAUAAAUACCGUUAAAUUAUUGAUUAAUCUCUUGAUUAUGAGAUCAACGAUGGAGAUGUCCAACAUUUCUAAUCAAUAUUUGCAUAUAGUGAAGGAUUGGACAUUAAUCUAAGAAAUCAAUAUUUUAUUUUCACAAAACUAUUGACGAAAUAUGAAUGUAAAUACAAAUAAUGAUGUUUUGUUAGUUAUUUAUGAGUUUUCAAUUUUAUUUAUUAAUUAAAACACUUUUUUUUAUUAUUGAUUUUGUGUAAUUGCUAUGAUUUGUUUUUGAUACAUCUUCACAUCGACAUCUCUAUGACGGGUCUGACGUGACUCGUCAAUUAAUUUUGGUCGAGAAGCAGAAAUUUUCAAAUGGUGGUAAUCAUGAAACAGGGGAACAAAAAAAAAAAAAAGAAAAGAAAAGAAAAAAGUGAAGGGCUUGGUCAAAAUGACCAACGGCGGGCGGCCAUGCGGAAGGACCUGUCCAAUUUUGUUCAACCGAGAUUGCAUGUGCCAUUUCUCUAUUUACCAAUGUUUGGAAGUGUUCAUUUUUGGGCAACAAAUUCAAAAGAGAGAAAAAAAAAGAAAGAGGCAUGUUCAUCUAUUUGGUCGACUCAAAGCAUGAAGAAAAGAUAUCAUUCAAAUCUCAACGUUUCCAAGUGGCAUUCAAGGGACCAAAUUUUAAGAUGAUGCACCAAAAAGUAGAUUUCUUUGAUAUUUCUUCUUUGUUGCUGUGUCUCAUCCAGUUCCUUGUGUAGUGUUUUGUUGCCUUAGAUUUUAAUGAUUUCAAUGUUGGAAGUUUUUUCUGUUUUUGUGGUUCAUUUUUUGUCUUGUAAAACAAUAAAGAUACUACACAAGUUGGAACAAAUUGUUGGUGAAAUUUGAAGGCCUCCUCCGCUCAUGGAACUCACAUCUCGAGGUGUUAAUUUUGGUCUAAGAGAGAAAUGGUCUCUUAUAGAAGCCCAAAUGGCUACUCAGGCCUUCGGUUUGUUGGAGCCUCUCCUUUGCCUCGUUGAAGAAAUUUUGUUUUUUCGUUUGUCUUUAUUCUUGAGAAGAAUGUCUUUGUUUAUGUGUUUAGUUGUUUAGAAUAUGAACACUUUGCUUUCGUUGAGAUUAAGAAAACAAGAAAACAAAAAACAAAAAGGCCACCUCCCCGAGGAAGAGUUGGUGGAAA